AUGCGGGUGGAGGACUACGAGCCCUACCCUGACGACGGCUUCGGUUAUGGUGACUAUCCUAAGCUGCCUGAUAAGUCUCAUCAUGAGAGAGACCCCUGGUACCAGUGGGACCAGCCAGACAUGAGGCAUAACUGGGGAGAGCCGAUGCACUGGGACUUUGACAUGUAUAUUCGGAACCGUGUUGAUACAUCCCCCACUGUAGUCCCCUGGCACGUCAUGCGCAGACACUUCCUUAUCUUUCUGGGUACCAUGCUGGUCAUGUUUGGUAUUGGAGGGAUGUAUCCAUCUUACAUGCCUGUGGGACCGAAGCAAUAUCCCUUCAAUAACCUGUAUCUGGAGAGAGGAGGAGACCCCAAUAAAGAGCCACCAGUGGUGACACACUAUGAAAUCUGA